CGGUGCAUCUUUGUAGAUUUGAGUUUCUUUGCUCUUUGUCGUCAUCGACGUAAAACAAGAGCACAAAAGAAGACGGAUUUUCCCCGCCUAAAAAGUUCGACGUCCAGGUAGUACUAACGAAGAAAAAGAAAUAACACCCCAGCACAACUAGUUCUAGUACACCUACGCGCGAGCACUUUAGCAGUAGUACUAGAAAAGUAAGAAUUAAAAAAUGUCCAUCUUUCAGUCCUUCGGCGAGAAAUUCCUCGGUCGGGCCAAGCCCGGCCUGGAGUUUAUCGCGCCGCCCCAGCAGUCCACCUUCAAGGAGGGAGAAAGGGGGAAGGGCCUGUUCCGGGCGAAAUCCGGGCUCACCCUGUUCCGCGAAAAGCCCGACAUUGAGAUGAUGCGGGAGGACGACGAGUGCCUGCCCGACGACUGGGAGGUGUUGUUUGACCCGGACGUGCGCCAUGAGUACUACUACAACAAGAGGACUGGGGAGUCCACGUGGGAGCGCCCGGUCCCGAUGCAGCCGCUGGUGCAGAUGAAAAAGUCCCGGACCCUAUCCUGAGUAAAAACGUACCCACACCAGAGUCAGGAUGAGGAUUCUGCAACACAAGCCUAGGAGUUUUGUGAGUCACGCAUGACAAGUUGCACUAUGCAGUGUAGUGCAGGUUAGCAAGUACAGCCGCAUCACAGAUUCAUCUGCUCAUCCUGUUCACAGCAUCACAAAUUCCGAAACACGACUGGAAAUGGCUCUCAUGGGGAUGCGCAUUACAAGUCUUCCUGUCUUUGCAAAUCUGCAUUACAACUCUGGUGUGGGGACGUUUUUACUCAGGAUAGACCCCGUCCGAGGUGUCGCAGAAAUCCCGGGACUCCUCCAAACGCAAUUUUUCCUACAAGGAGGAAGCGCGCAACGCACCGCCGCCCGAGGAUAUCAAAAUGAAAAAUCCCCCCUCCCCAUAUCAAAACGGAAAUUUGUGAUGCUGAUUUGUGACCACAAAUCGGCUUUGUAUUGCAGAGAGGCACUGCGGCCAGAUCCCCAGGCUAGAUAGGGGCGUAUGGGUCUAGUAGUUCAGCAUGGCAAACGGCCCCCCUUUAGGCCCAGCAGCAUGACAAAUCGCUUCCAUAAUGGGGCGGAAGCUUCUACCCUUGUCUUCUUGCAAGACAGGCGUGAUUUGUGACCUCAAAUCCCCAACACAAAUUUUUAGAAACAUACCUUUUCAAUAUGGGGAGGGGGGAUUUUUCCUCUCAAUAGAGGAUCGGGGGCGAAUACCCACGGAGGGGACCUGCUUUUACCUCAACUUUUUGCACGUGGCCGCGGCGGUAUGCAUUGCAAAUUAUGUCGUGUCUGGCGCUCCGGAACGCGGAACUACAAGUUCGUGUUUGAUCAUGUGCUCCACGACCUGUGUGGCAUAAAAAAUAUUCGAACAGCAUCAGAAAUUUUGCGAGGCUUUGCAGAUUCGUUGGUAUUGAAUCGCAUGCCAUGACAAAUAACAAUAACUAGUGUCUAGCGAAACCGACAAUAAGUUUGGUCAAUCGUAUUCAUCAUGCAUUUUUACAAAUAAUCUUGCUCUUGUUCUUGCUGUCCUUCACAUCCCGUAUCACAAAUCCGGACCCAUAGUACUACAUAUUUGCAAUGCAUAGGCGGAGCUGCGCAACAACCGGAUCGAGCGACCGUCGAGGCAGAAGCGCCCGCUGUGGCGGGUGAUCCGCCGGGAGUGCGGGGUCACGGACCAGGAAAUUGCCUACUUUUUGCGAAACCCGGAAACCCCCGGCAUUCCGCACAGCGACAUCCACUACGCGCUCAACACGUUCUACGACGAAAACACAAAUCCGUAUCCUUGGCAAAAGUAGUAGCGCGGUCACAGUGCCGACAAGAGUUGCAGUCUAGCCUAAAGACAGAUACAGAUGUGCUGCUGGUGUCUUUCCACCACCGGAAAAAUCUAGAUGCAAUUUACAUUUAUGUACUACACUGUGAUCAUGAUGCUAAGUACAAUUUUUGCCAUGCAUAAUUUGAAGGAGAAGACCAUUGAGGAGCUGAUCAAUUUUUCCCAGCAGUUCGAAAAGGAAUCUGUGCUGCAAGCGCAGGCCAUCUGCAAGUUCGACUAUCGCAAGAAAAUAAAACUGCUUCACUGUAUAUAAGCUUCUUGAGAUGCUGCGCUUGAUGCAUGUAUAAUUAACGCAGCGGGGUUUCUUUGUAUUGCUACACUUGCAAUAAGAAGAGAGAGUAGAUUUUCUUUGUCAUGUUUUGCAAACCUUGCAGGUCCAAGAAAUGAAAAUCUUUGCAGUCGUGAAGCUGCACUUAUUUUUGCGUGCGAUAUCGCCCCUCUGGACUUCAUCGACGUCGUGCGCGAGCGGUGGCAGCUGACCAACCUGCCCUGCGACAAGACUUCUCUGAACCAGAUCUGCUGCGCGUUCGUCGGCAUUUUGUCGUUGCGGGACGUGUAUGAACUGCAAAAAUGUCUGGGUCUGGAAGAGAGCAUGUUUGUCAUGCUUGUCUGGCAUGACUCUUAGACCUGUCAUGCACGUUACCCAAGAGCCCAACUUUGCUGUCAUGCAGAAAUGGAGUUUGUCAUGCAGAAUAGGCAACACCUAGAAGCUCAAAAGCUUGUCAUGCUGAGCCAGCACUUGUGGCCUCUUUAUGGUACGACACCCAGCAUCACAAGUUUCCAGACCCAGACAUUUUUACAAUCCAUAACGUGACCGACGCCCGGCGGGUGGUGCGGGAAGAGACGGGGCCCCUGUCAACCGCGGAUCCAAAAACUAAGAUUCUGGCCAACCAAAAUCCGCCGAAGAAGGGGCUGUGAGGAGUAGCCGGACGAGGGACGGUAGUACUAUUGUUCGGGUUUGGUCGUGCGCCAGGUGCUUCUUGUUAGCGGCAACAUGAUAUGGAGAAGAUCAAGAAUUUGAGCGAAUCGCCCUUGUCCUCACAUGUGGGAGAAAAAUUUGAGAUGAACCAACAACAAGGCUGCACGAUGAGAACAAACUCAAACAAGAACAUCGUAGUUCUCUUUGAGAAUGAAGAAUAAAAGCUGCAGAAGUAGCCCUUCCAAUGCUUCAAUAAUUCUAAUAAAGAGCACUGUCUUUAUACUCGUGCAGGAGGUCGUGUCUGUCUCGCAGCUGCUACUGCAUUUUGUGCUUCAAUUAAGUACCAUCACGGAAACCCCGUACAGUAGAGAGGAAAGUAUACUUAGCGUUAUUUACGAAGACCGAACAGGAACAAGUCGAAACCAAAUACAACAAGAACUACCAAAUAGGACCCACCAUCCAUAAUGUACAUUUUUUUGGAAAUGGAAAGUAGAAGCUUUUUACAACUAGAACUUUCUGAACAUCAGAUGAAAAACAACAAUAUCAAACGCCUUUGAGAAGAAAUCUGGGAGCUGUAUUUUUCUGGAAGUCACAAUUUUUAUUUUUCGUCCAGCGAGGAGUAGAGGUUGGUUCGUGGCAG